UCAGUCGGGUCCGCCCAUUUUGUAUUAAAAAUCCUUAAAAGAGGCUCCGCCCGAGUCUCAGGCGGUCUUGCCAUUUUUGCUCUCCAAAAUUCAAUAUUUGUGUCAAUAGUUUUAAAACCGUCAUAUUGAUGGUAAAUAAUAAAAAUAAUAUUUUAGGAAUUAACCCGGUCUCCCACAUCCAGGACGCCGUCAUCUACUCCAAACAGCUCACAUCCACCUCCGAAUCCACAACGGUUGUCAUGAUUACGAAGGCCUCUCCUACACAUCCGAGACAAUCCCCUUUCCUGAUCCUUGACCUCUUGAAGCUCCGCGUCGUCUACGAUGUUGACAUCGCCGCCAACACCGAUGGGUCCAAGACGAUGCCACCGCCAGCGAGGCCUACUACCGUAUUUACGAGAAAUCCCUCACCCACGGCUUCCUCGCCACCUCUGCAGCAGCCUCGGCGUCGACGGGCACAUCGCCGACGGAGUAUACGACUCCAUGAUAUGGAAAUACGGCAUGUGACCGUUACGCUCGAUGACGAUUUGUUCCCUGAUCCGGAUGAAUCUUCGGAGUGAUCUUCGCCUGGAAAUUGAAAUUGGUCCGCGAUCUCGUUCCCUCACUGGAACUAUUCUUAGAUUUCUUCUGCAAGGGGCACUUACAGGCUCCUUUCGAGGCCGAGAUGUUCCAUCUGAUCAGAGAAGCAUCAAUUUUGCAUUUUUUAGUUAUUACAGGUUCAUGCGCGGGGUUGGGAGAAAAAAAUCCCAAAAUACACAUUUUUUAAAAAAAAAUUCCAAAAUACACAUGUUUUGGCAUCACUGCGGCCGUCAACCGCAGUGAAUGCAUUCACCACGGCAGGCGAAAGUGGUGAAUGCAUCACCGCGGUUGACGAAGGCGGUAAAUGCCUAACGUAACACUGAAACUUCAAACAAACGUAAUUUUGCGCU